AUGUGCCUCUGUCGUCUGCUCACGCUGCUGACGGCUUCCGCUUUUUAACCUAGGCCUGUGUAUGGCUUCCGAAUACUGCUGCCUCCACCGCCACCCUGCGCCAUGUGCCUCUGUCGUCUGCUCACGCUGCUGACGGCUUCCGCUUUUUAACUAGUCCUGUGUAUGUCUUCCGAAUACUGCUGCCUCCACCGCCACCCUGCGCCAUGUGCCACUUUCGGGUCUCCUCACACUGCUGCCAGGUCCAGAGUGUGUCAUGGGUCCCUGUACGGCCUCCCAUUGCUGCUGACUUCAUCGCCAGACUCUGCCAUGUGCCACUUUCAGGUCUCCUUACACUGUUGGUGGGUUCCAUUUUGUGAUAGGGUGCUG